AUGGUUUCGUCUGCCGCACUCUUUCUCGGCACGGCGGCCCUCGUCGCGUCUGGCGCGUCGGCCGGCGUGUGCAACCUCAUCAACGGCGACGUGAUUGCCCUCAAGGGCGACACGGGCAAGUACGUGACGCGAUGCAACGGAUGCGUCCCCGGCGCCGCGUACCCCGACUCGGCCAACUUUCAAGGCCCCAUCAGCAGCGCGACCCCGUACUCGUACUGGACCGUCGUGGAUGCCGGCAACGGCAAGAUCGCGCUCAAGGGGGACACGGGCAACUACUUGAGCCGGUGCAACAACUGCGCGCCCGCGUCGUACCCGGACAUGGCGUUUGUGCACGUGUCGGACUGGAAGGCCGGCCCGUGGGCCCAGUGGACGUGCGAGGACGCUGGCAACGGCAAGAUCGCGCUCAAGGCCGACACGGGCAAGUACCUUGCGCGUUGCAACAACUGUAUCCCUGGCGGCCCCGCCGACGCUGCGUUUGUCCAUGUGGCCAACUGGCGCGACGGGCCGUGGGCGCAAUUCCAAGUCGAGUUCAAGUCGCCGUGGAAGUGCCUCCCGUCGGUGGGGUCGACUCCGUUCAGCAUCGCCAAGGACGGCAACGUGCAGUGCUGGUCGGACAACGGACGCGACUGUGCGUGGUCGGCCGACUGCAAGUCGCUGGUCGCGUCGGGCGCGCAGCCCAAGAUGCCCCUCGUGUGUGGUUGCAUGCACAAGGACGUGUACGGGAUGACUGGGUACGACCAACCGACGCACUGGUGCAGCACGGCCAAGCAACUGCUGGGGGCGACGCCGCCGACCGAGUCGUGCGCGUGCAAGUUCAAGACGGGCGACGUGAUUGCGCUGCAAGGCGACACGGGGAUGUUUGCCACGCGGUGCCGCAACUGCCUUCCUGGCGCGGCCUACCCCGACUCGGUCAACUUUCAAGGACCGAUCAACGAUGGCACGCCGUACUCGUACUGGACGGUCGAGAACACUGGCGACGGCAAGCUGGCCCUCAAGGGAGACUUGGGCAACUACUUGAGCCGAUGCAACAACUGCGUGUCGGGCGCCGCGUACCCGGACCAGGCGUUUGUCCACGUGACGGACUGGCGUUCGGGCCCGUGGGCCCAGUGGACGUGUGAGGAGGCCAACAACGGCAAGAUCGCGCUCAAGGCCGACACGGGCAAGUACCUCGCUCGGUGCAACAACUGCAACCCUGGCGGCCCCGCCGACGUCGCGUUUGUCCAUGUGUCCAACUGGCGUGACGGCGACUGGUCGCAGUUCAAGGUCGUGAAGAAGCAGCAGCCGGUGAUGCUUCAGAUGGCGGCGUCGUCGUCGCAGAGCCAGACGACGUUGGUGGUCGUGUCGAUGGCGGCUGGCGCGUGUUUGGCGUUGGUGGCAGUGCAAUUGUACAACCGUCGCCGAUCGAUCCUGUCGACUCCUGCCGAGCGCAAGGGGUUUGUGGGAUUGUAA